CCACUUUGUUCUAUUGCCUUCUAUACUGUAACAGAAAGAGGCUCCCUUUCUGUUAGUUUUGAGGGAGACAGGGACAUCAGUUUGGUUCUAGAACUGUGAGAAGUGAAGCUGCCCCAGACACAGCCAGGUAUAAAAAUAGACUAAGGCUGCUGCCAUCUGCUAGAAACCCGACACUCCUCUAAGCUUGGAUUUCUACUUUCCUGGGAUAGCGGCACCCAUUACCAUGUCUUUCUCCCCUAACUCAAAUUGAACCUAAAAUCUGUAGGGGGCAAACUUGUUAAUUUCCCCCCUUGGAGUUAACUGACUGCACCUUCAGGAAUAUAAAGAAAUAAUGAGAGCUUGACCCUGGACUCAGCUCUUUGACAUUUGGCAAACAGAUGGGAAGAAAAAGAAGGAGCAUGGGGAGCAUGCCAAACAGCCUACCCCUCCAGGACCUGAGACAAGAGCUUCCAACAGGAAGAAACCGACAAGUGCAGCAAUACAUUUAAAGCUUCCAGUGCAGAGAACAAAAAAAACUAAAUUACAGAGGUGUUGAUUGGAGAGAUGCUUCGAUACAAAAAGCACAAGAGGAUUGUGGAUGGACUAGGGACGAGUAGUGUGGGUGUUAUGGAUGAUACAGAUAGGGAGGUGAGCAGCUUCACAGAUCGUGCCUUCCGAAGCUUGUGUGUUGCAGAAGAUGAGCCAUACAAUGAUGUUCCUCAUCUUCCAUCUCCUAUUAGGGGGAUGCCACUUUCCAAUAAAUAUCACUUGGGAAUCUUUAACCUUUCAGUCAGGAAGACUCAGCCACUUGCGCAGUUACCCACAAUUUCAGGUCACCGUGGGAAGUGGGCACCAACAUUCCAACCACUACUAAACUCCAGGAGAGAGGUGAUGUUUAAUGUAAAGACCAACACCAAUAAACUAUGUGCACCUGAACCAAGAGGAUACAAGCAACGCUCCAAAGUGUCAUCUUUAAUAAAGACUUUUGACAACAUUGAGAAUGAAAGACCAGACGACUUACCUGUAGAGUCAAGGCUGCCAUUGAUAAAAAGCUCCCAGACAGCGCUGCUCAGCCCUGAAAAUGAACUCACCUGUGGCACCAGUCUACAAGAUGAAAUCAAGAAUAAGCAAGUAGAGCCUUCCAAACAGGAGGAAAUUGCACUACAUGGCAGCCCCAUGUUACACAGGCGCACAGCUAGGGAUGUAUUUUUAGAGUCUCAGUGUGAUAAAUGUUUUAAGCAUUCACGGUCACCAUGCUCUUUGGGAUCGCCACGCCUAGAUGCACCCAAAAAGAUGCCGAAGGAGCCUUCAAGGAAGACAAGUUUUCUUCACAGUGAGAACAGUGCUUUCAAGUCAUGGAGUGACAUCCACAAAAAGAUAGGUUUAGGUGAAGAAAGUGACUGUUCGCUUCCUGGAACACCACCAGUUUUUGGUUCAGCAGCCUCCAACUCACCUUUAUUGUCCCGAAUGAUACCAGGUAUAAGGGCACGGGAGGCUGGAGCAGAGUUUGGCUGGACUUCACCUGCGUCUACAGCAUCAAGUAGCUAUGAUGCUAUACAAAUGUUACGGUCUGUUCCUCCAUUACCCAGCAAAAGAGCAGGGAAGCAAGGUAAAGAAUAUAAAAACAGACUUGGAACUCAAAAAGUUCAACAAGACUCUACGAUUCAAGAGGAGGGAAUGCAGAUAGAUGUGGAAUGUCCAUCUCCUAAAGAGCAAGUAAGCUAUACUGAUGCCUCUAAAAACAUCAACAAAUUGAACUCACCUUUAGAAUCUAUACAGGAUCCAGUAAUAUGUAAGACCCCAGACACUGUGACUAAUGUAAGACCACCUUUUAUUGAACAAAAUGAGGAAGUUAAGGCAAAGAAUGGUUCCUUACAACUGACAAAGGAUUCAGAGAGGACAGAUAAAGCAUCAAAUACUUCAGUACUCACUGAAAAUAUACCUCCUCCAGGAAGAAUAAAAAAUUUAAUACAACAAAUAGAAAAGGAAACAGUUGAGAAAGCAAUGGGAUCACCUAUUUUAUCAGAGCAAAGACACAAGGUAAAUGAUUUACAAGGCGCUGAAGAGUCUUUACAUUCAACAACAUUUACAGUUUCUCCAGACUCUAAUACUCCUCCGCAAGCUGUCAGUCUAGUCCCUCCAUGGAGAAGAAAAAAGGCCAUACAGAAUUUAGAUUCUGAAAAAGCUAUUGUUCCUGCAGCCAUGGAUAUAAAACAUACUUCUACAACAGCAUUCAAUGAUCUUACAGUUGAAAAUAAAGAAGAAACCGUGCAAGAAAAGUCAACAAGCUCAUCUUUCAACAUCACCAAUCUUUUAACUCCUGUCAUAACAAGAAAAAACAUUCAGAAAGCUCUAGAGGAAAUACCAAUGGCAAUAACACCUUCUCCAGCUGAGAUCUUUGUCUCCAAGGAGCAGGAUCCAAAAGAGGUCAGUAUGUAUCAGAACAGAGACGAUUACAAAUCUAAAGCAACAGGUCUGUUAUUUAACCUAAAAGAUAUGCGUAAAAGAGUGAAGAGCACAUACAGUCCAGCCCCACCAGUAAGACAUUGGAAAGAAAAUAGUAUUAUUGCAGAUGCUAGGAUACAGGAAGAUACAAACUUUAGCAACAUCAGUACCAAUAGAGUAAAGGAAAUUGCAACUGUUAAGCCUUCCUUGAGAAAGUCAAGACAAAUGGAAAGUGAAAAUAAAGCUGAUAUACCUAGAAAUGCAUCAGAUAAUUAUUUGUCUUUGAGUUCUCCAGAAAUCGUAAAAGACAGUUCAUUCUGUGAGAAGACAGAGACCAUUCCAGAGGAAAGUUUUGGGUCAGGAAUAAGCCAUCAACUUGAACACAAUUUGAUAAAUACUAAAGACUCCAGACAAAAAAAUGACACCGGUGCGGACAGAAAUUUUACAGAAAAAAAUCAGCUUAUGGUCCAGUCACCAGAAGAACCAAUUUUGCAAUCAGAAACUAUUUCAGAGACAUUAAAUAUUGGCAACAAUUCUGAUGUGGAGGUUUCAGAUGUACACGAAAAUGAUGUUUUAGAUAAAGACACAACAGCUAUUUCAUUCAGCCAAGGGUUGUCCCAUCCACUGCAACAACUGGAUAGGCAAUUUGAAAACAAAGAUAAGGAAAAACUAGUGGAAAGCAAAGUGUUGACAAAAGAUGAGCUACUAUAUUAUGCUGUAAAUAGCUGUGUUGAUCAGAGCGCUAAUCUGGAGAUAGAUAUUGCAGAUAAAAGAGAUGAGAAAGCAAUGGAAAGUGAGAAACUGUUAAAUGAAAAAGCAUGUGAUGAUGAGCAUCAAAAACCAGAACCCAACACAAUGUUCAAACCAAAUUUGUUCCGUAUAAAAGACAACAAAGAUCUUCACAAGUCUUCUCCAGUGACAAAGUCAGUGAGGCUGCCUCUUUUAAGAAGCCUUUCAGAGGAUUCACUAGCUUUUAGGAAAGGAGAUGUUCUCAUACAUUCUGAUAACAGAGGACCACUAAAAGAAGCAGACAAAAAUGAAAGAUAUUUAGACAGUAAAGAUAAUGAAAAUACAGAUACAUGUUCUAAAGGAAAAGUACGAGAGUUGGUAGGUAUACGUCCAGCAUCAGAAAUCCCUAAGCAAAAGGCUUUUGACAGUAACUUUGUGAAAACACAUAAGGAGGAUACCGGAAACCUAGAACUGUGGAAAAAGUUCUGCUCUAUUAGUUCUGAGUGCAAAAAAAGCAAAACAGAGAAGACUGAGGUAAACAAAUUAAAGCAUAGCUCAUUAAACAUAGGUUCUCCUGAGCCUGAAAGGCACUUUUUUCAUCCAGUUGAAACAUGUGUUUCUGAGGUCACAGGACCAUCACCUGAGUGCAAUACAUUGUUGUUACAAGAUGUAAACAAUUCCAUUAAAGAUAUGGUGAAUGGAGAAGCUGUUAAUUCUCCUACAGCAGACAAUGUACCAUAUUCUCCCCUCGAAAGUAGCCUACUGCAAUUUGAAGAUGCAGUGGCAUUUACAGAGGACAUUGUUUGUUCUACCAUAACCAGUCCUAUGUCCGAGAGUGUGACCUGUUCUAUGGUGGCCAGCCCCAUGUCUGUGAAUACUCAAAGUUCUGGCUUUACCACAGCACUUUCUAGGCUGGAAGAUGUUCCAAGCCCAACAACAGCAAGUGUAAACACUAAACAUGAGACAAUUCCACUGCCCCCUGAGAAAUCGAUUCCUGUUCUUGAUGGGAUAAUGGAGACAGAAACAGCAGAUAAUUCUAAAUAUCAACAAGAAAAAAAUACUAUAGUAGAAUCACAAAAUACAAAAGUUAUCGUUGCAGAACCACAAAACCUUAACAGUGCAAAGCCACCAGCUGUGCCCCCCAAAACCGAGAAAGCUCUACGACGUGCCAAACGUCUAACCAAAAAGCGGAGGAAAACUGAGUUGCCUCAUAAAAUGCAGGAUGGGGAAUAUCAUGAGCCAGAAUUGAUCUUAGAUGUGCCAUCACCUGGGAAUGUUACACCUACAUUUAUAAAUCAGCCAGUACACAUAAAACCUGGUUCCUGUAUAUCUAGUAUCCUAGAAGAAGUAGGAUCUAUAUCUGCAUCUUCAACACCUUCUUUACCAGCCACACAGCGCAAACUCCUCCAGGAUCCAGAUUCUGGGCAAUACUUUGUCGUGGACAUUCCAGUUCAUUUCCGGAUAAAGACCUUUUAUGAUCCAGAAACAGGGAAGUAUUUACAAGUGUCUUUACCAACCUCAGAGAUGGAAACACCAAGUUUUGAGGUAUUAAGCAGUCCUUUUGUAAUGUAUCCUGGGCUUACACCAGUGCCAGUCUCAUCUAUAUCUUUACUGAAGGGAAAUUCACAAUCUUUAGAUCAAGUGAAUGUGGAAAAACAAAGACGUUCAUGGGAGGAGAGAGAUGAAGAAAACUCGUUAAAGGGGCAAACAUACAUUGAGUCAAUUUGUGAUUCGUGUGACCAGAGUAUGGCAGGGACUCCACAGAGUAUGGACAGGAUACCAAGCAGGUCUAGAAGCCCAGAUAUUAUAUCAAUGAAGGAUUUGGAUGAUUUUGCCAUAGAAGCAAUUUCAUGAGUGCUACUAUACUAGGAAAAACCCUAAUCACCUAUUGAUAAAGUACACAAAGUUUAUUGCACAUGACUUGCUAUAUGCAAAGGCCUAAAAUGUCCCUGAACUGUUUCUACCAACCAAAUAGGCCAUAGCAUAAAGAAGUAAAGUAAAUUCUAUAAAAUAUGCCUUUUUGAAAAAUGUACUUCUGAUAAAACAACAAGUAUUCAUCUUAAAAGACUGUCAACAAAAAGUAAAGAAGUCAGACAUAGAAAUCUCACAUGUGCUAUAACCAAUUCUAUUGCUUUGUUUCCUUUAAUAUGUUCUGUGUGUUAUCACAUACAAUUAACAUUAACAAAGAUCAUUUUCAAAAAACAUAUUCUGGCAAAAUCCAAAAUGCAUCUGUAUGCAUAAUGACUGAAUUAUCACAAAAUCAAAAGUUUAAUUUUUGUUUAGAAAAUAAUGUAAUUAUCUUUUCACCAUUAUUCAAUAUGUACUGACACAAUCUUUCCAAAUAUUUAGCAAUGUUACCUAUACAAGCUAUGGUGCAAAUUAAGGCAAAUUUGUAAAAAUGUUGUUCUGGAAAAGAGAAGCAAACAGAUAAUAUAGAUAGGUAAACCUGUCUUAAAAAAUACCUUUUUUAAUUUAUAAGCACUUUUUUUUUUACCAAACCACACAUUAGAUUAAAAUUAAAUUUUGCCUCCUGAAGGUCCCAAAAUAUAAGAGACUAGACAUUUUUUUCUUUAGAUAAAAAAAAAAUCAUCUUUAAUUAUAAUUUUCUUCCAAUCGAAAGAGAUAAUCCUUUUAAUCAUUCGAUCUAUGGGAUAUUUUGGAAAUCUAAAUGUUUUACCAAAAACCUCAAAAAAUAAAAUGCUAAAUAUUUUUUUCCGCUGAUCAGAAAUAAUGACCAAAUUAAAAAGGAUCUGUUUUUUUAAUCUUAGCAUAUUUUAUGUGUUUGCUUCUAUUGUUUAAAAGGGAUUUGGCCAAAUUACACCAUUUGGAAUACUGGCUGUCCAUAAAGACAUAUAGAAGAGCAAUUACAGCUUACCAACAUAAAACCUCUCCAAAGUUAUAUUGUACUGAAAAUGCUGUGUAUGAAGCAAGUGACAGAGCUCUGGGCCCUCCCUUGGAAUCUGCUGUACAAGCAAUAGAUUGGAUUUGCUGCUUUUACCAGGCAGGGGGUCUACUGAAUUUAAUGAAAUGCUGUGUAUAGUAGCCCUACCAAGUCAUACAAGUCUUGCCAAUUAAUAGUAAAAAGCAAAUAGGAGUCUGAUAAGAGAAGGAACUAGAAGUGAAAUCUUGGAAGGGAAAACACAACUGUUAAGACAUUUGUUGUGAGUGGGGUGAAUUAUAAUUAGGUUAAGAAAGUGUGAAACAAAACCAAGAAAAAUAACUGCAUCUAUAUGAAAGAGUAUUUUGUAACAUGCACUAUGUGUAUAGACCUUAAACCAUGGUCAAGAAUGUGUCUUUUUCAUUUUUUUCAUGCAGAAUUAAUAAACAAAAUGCUUUAAAAAGGUGA